AUGUGUAGCUCAUUGCAUCAUAUUAUUAAAGUGACCUUCAAUGCAGACACGCACGCCAGCAUACAAUGGAACUUCCGUCCGCAGCAGUCAGAGAUUUACGUUGUACCAGGAGAAACUGCGCUGGCUUUUUAUAGGGUCCGAAAUCCCACAGACAAACCAGUGAUAGGCAUUUCUACCUACGAUGUUGUACCUUUUGAGGCUGGGCAAUAUUUUAAUAAGAUACAGUGUUUCUGUUUUGAGGAACAGAGGUUAAACCCACAUGAGGAAGUAGACAUGCCUGUUUUCUUCUACAUUGAUCCAGAGUUUGAUGAUGACCCCAGGAUGGCACGACUUGAUACUAUUACACUCUCUUAUACCUUUUUUGAAGCCAAAGCAGGACAGCGGUUACCCAUCCCUGGGUAUAGCUAA